GGGAGCCGCUUUCGCUGCCGCCGCCUGCUCCCCGGGGCUACCGCCGCCGCCGCCGCCGCCGCCGCCGUCUCCCUCAGAUCGAGGGCUCUGUCCGCUGAGCUGCUCGCUUCGAGCCAGGAGGAGACGAGCUCGAGAAGGAUGCCCGGGCCCGUCCCGCGCGCCCGCGGGUGAGGCACGCCCGCGCGCCCGCCGGCGCCAUGGGAAGGAGCGGGCGCCGCAGCUGCCCCCCGCCGGCGCGCGCACGACUUGAGCCCCGCCGUGGGCAGCCCCCGGCCGCGGGUUCCCGAGUGACACUGGCGGCACCUGGGCGCGGGGCGCGGGCUCGGGGCCACGCAGAGGAGCCCAGUGUCCAGUGAAGCCGCCGAGAACCGCCGCCCGCGCCGCCGCCAUGGUGAUGUCCCAGGGCACCUACACGUUCCUCACGUGCUUCGCCGGCUUCUGGCUGAUCUGGGGUCUCAUCGUCUUGCUCUGCUGCUUCUGCAGCUUCCUGCGCCGCCGCCUCAAACGGCGCCAGGAGGAGCGACUGCGGGAGCAGAACCUCCGAGCCCUGGAGCUGGAGCCCCUGGAGCUCGAGGGCAGCCUGGCCGGGAGUCCCCCGGGCCUGGCGCCGCCGCCGCCCCCGCACCGCGGCCGCCUGGAGGCGCCGGCGCACGCCCACCAGCACGUGCACGUGCACCCGCUGCUGCACCACGGCCCCGCGCAGCCGCACGCGCACCCGCACCCGCACCCGCACCACCACGCUCUUCCUCACCCGCCGCCACCGCACCUCGCGGUGCCGCCGCGGCCCUGGAGCUACCCGCGCCAAGCGGAAUCGGACAUGUCCAAGCCGCCGUGUUACGAAGAGGCGGUGCUGAUGGCGGAGCCGCCGCCGCCCUACAGCGAGGUGCUCACGGACACGCGCGGCCUCUACCGCAAGAUCGUCACGCCCUUCCUGAGCCGCCGCGACAGCGCGGAGAAGCAGGAGCAGCCGCCGCCCAGCUAUAAGCCGCUCUUCCUGGACCGGGGCUACACGUCGGCGCUGCACCUGCCCAGCGCCCCGCGGCCCGCGCCGCCCUGCCCUGCCCUCUGCCUGCAGGCCGACCGUGGCCGCCGGGUUUUCCCCAGCUGGACCGACUCGGAGCUCAGCAGCCGCGAGCCCAUGGAGCACGGAGCCUGGCGCCUGCCGGUCUCCAUCCCCUUGUUCGGGAGGACUACAGCCGUAUAGAGCGGCGCCCACCCCCGGCGGACUCCUGGCCUCACGGCGGGGCUUUUUAACCGCUUCCCUUGGACUGCGGGGACGGGUUGGGGGGGGGGGAGGGAUUUCUUACCCCGUUUGUUACAUUUUGAGGAUAAUAAAGCUGUGUGAUCUGGUUUGGUACAAGCGGAGGGGGCACCCGCUGCUUAAGCCCAAGGUUCUGAAGACCGGGCACGCUGGGGCCCCAGCAGGAUGGACCCCUGUCUUCGUUUCCGCUACAAGCUAGCCUGGGAGUGCAGAACCCUGGUCCCGCCCUUGCGGUCACGUUAAGGUGCCCCCUGGCUGCAGUGAGGCGCCCUGCGCUCCGCCGCCUUGGAGUGGGGAGGACUGCGGAGGGGGCGCUGUCAGGGCCGCCAGCCCACGCCAGAGCAGCAGACCCGAAGGGAUCUGGAUUUCUUUAUUAACAGACAUGAGCACGACCCGUUACAGAAGUUUGUGCUUUAAAAAAAAAAAAAAUGUACUGAAUGUGAAAAAGGAAAAAGGAG